AUGUCCGCCCCCAGCACCAACACCCCUGCUGCCGCCGCCGCCGCCGCCGGCGCCGCCGCCGCUCCCAAGGAGGAGACCAUGCUCGACCGGCUGAACGACUCCUCGCGCGCCUUCCUCCGGGCCUACUCCCAGCGGCUGCUGGAUGUUGCUGAUGGCCCGGCCCCCUUCGGGCUGCUGAGCGCCCCGGACCACGAAUCCCAGCCGCGCCUGCCUCAGCUGCUGCUGGUCGCCAAGUGCCAGACGCUGGACUCCCUGCGCGAGGCCCAUGCUCUGGGGCAGGUGAACUUCGGGGAGAACUACAUCCCGGAGCUGUGUAACAAGGCGCUGCUGCUCCCCAAGACCAUCCAGUGGCACUACAUCGGCAUCUUGCAGUCCAACAAGAUCCGGCAUCUCCUCCAGAGCGUCCCCAACCUUGCCGGCAUCCAGACCGUCACCUCCGAGCGCCAGGCACAGACCAUCUCCCGGGUGAUGGGUGAGCUGAAGGCCUCCGGCGUUCGGGCCCCCGGCGAUCGGCUGCGCCUCUUUGUGCAAAUUAACACCAGUGGCGAGGACACCAAAUCCGGCCUGGACGCGGCCUCGGUGGACACGGCCCCGGCCACCAGCGAAACCGAUCAGACUCACCCGGACUUUGCUGUCAUGCGCCUCAUCCGCCAGAUCCAGGCCCUGGACCAUGUGGCCUUCGAGGGCCUGAUGACCAUCGGCUCCACCGAGGAGUCGUACGCCGACUCGGGCUACAAUUCCGACUUCGCCCGGCUGCAUGCCCUGCGCGAGCGCAUUUGCACCACGACCGGCCUCCACCAGGGCAUCAUCGGCCUGAGCAUGGGGAUGUCCGCGGACUUCGAGCAGGCCAUUCGCCAGGGCAGCACCUGCGUCCGCAUCGGGUCGGCCAUCUUCGGUGGCCGUAACAUGGAGGCCGUCCAGCAGAUCGCCCUCCAGGCUGAGGAAUUCCGCAAGCAGCAGGCAUCCUCCUCGUGA